GCAAAUUGCCUGGGGAGAUUACAAAUUGAAGCUGCAGGAACGAUCUUAAUUACAGGAAAGAGUCAGAAAAAAGUACUAAGCGGGUUUUCCGGUGCAAGGACGAUAAGGAAAAGGUGAUGCUUUGCCACGUGUAGAUACUCAUUACCGUAGGAUAUAUAUUGAAUGGCUAAGAUUCAAGAUAUCUUUUAUUAGAUUCAUUGAAACUGGAAGAUAACUGUAGAGAAGUGCCCAGAGAGAGAUUUUCUUGUUUUUUCUUUUUCCUUCUCAUCAUUCUUGUUUCUUUUUGGUUUUUUAAUAAUCUCUCCCGCAGCAGAAUGAGAAGCUGGGAGCAGCAGGGAGUGAGUAAUUGAUGAGAGAGAGAGAAAGAGAGUAGGUUUGUCUUAAAUGAGGAGAGUGUAGCGGAGUGUGUGUGCAGUUGUCAUGGCGGCGUUGCAGAGGUCUAAUUCUCUGCCAUUAUUGCUUUAAUCGAAAGAAACAACAGUGGAGAAAGCUCGCUCUCUUCUGGUCAGAGAAACCCUUCUUCCAUAAUCUCUUACCCUAAACAAAAUUUCUUGCAAUUGAUUUUUGUAUUUACCAAAAAACUGCAAACAGCAAGAUCACAUAUUCAGAGAGAAGGAGAAGGAGAUCGAGUCACAGACUCAACAGUGAAGACUCGUAUAUUAAAGUCUCCCUUAAAAACCCAGCUACCCAAAUUUCAACUCCCAACAUAACCCUGAUAACCAAGCCCACUGAUCUUGCAGAUUUCAAUAGCUACUUUCGGGGUGUUAAGUUUUUGCUAUGGAUUUUUGGUUUAAAUUGGGGUUGGUUUCAGCUUGUGGGUGCAAGAAAUGGCUGGGUGGUUCUAUCUAAGUGGGAGAGAAGGAGCAUCUAGUAAAGUACAAGAAGAAAACAAAGAUCCAGAGAACAACUUUUUUUUGUACAGAUCAAACGAAGAGAUCGACAACAAGGGGUUUGAGAUAUGGCAGCAGGAUUAUCAACAACAGCAAAACAUGAACAGCUACUCCUCGUAUGGAGUGGGUCUUAGUCGAAUAAGUUUGUCUGAUGAGUCAUCAAGAUCAGGGUUUAUGGUGAUGAGGCAAAGUGGAGUAGGAGGAGGAAUGAACUGUCAAGAUUGCGGGAACCAAGCUAAAAAAGAUUGUGUCCAUAUGAGAUGUAGAACGUGUUGUAAAAGCCGAGGGUUUCCGUGCCAAACCCACGUUAAGAGCACUUGGGUCCCUGCUUCUAAAAGGCGAGAGAGGCAACAACAGCUAUCUUCUUUGCAAGAGCAGCAGCAGCAACAACAACAACAACAGUUUCGAGGAGAGAAUCCAAAAAGGCAGAGAGAGAAUCAAGGGUUGGAAAUAGAGCACUUUCCACCGGAAGUGAAUUCCCCAGCAGUGUUUCGUUGUGUUAGAGUAAGCCCAAUGGAUGAACCAGAUGAGCAGUAUGCAUAUCAAACGGCUGUGAACAUUGGAGGUCAUGUGUUCAAGGGAAUUCUCUAUGAUCAAGGUCCCGAUGGUCGGUAUACCAGUGGAGGAGAGAGCUCCUCCGGCGGAGGUCAGCAACUGAAUUUCAUGACAGCAGCGACGACUAGCGCCGCAGCAACUACGACGAACGCUAAUAACCCAGGUGCUGGAGCUUUGCUCGACCCAUCUCUAUAUCCAGCUCCAUUCAAUGCUUUUAUUGCUGGUACGCAAUUCUUCCCACCUCCAAGGUCCUAGCUUACAAUAGGCCUCCAUGAUUAAGCUCUAGUGUAUUUGCAUUAUUCUUAACAAACCUUCAUUUGUCAACAAUUAGUAAAAUUGUGCGUUUUCUUUUUCUUUUACUAUUGUUACGACUCUCUUCUUGUAGUUUUAACAUGCAACCAAUGAAGUAGAAGAAGAGAUGAUCAUACAGAAAUGUGGAUCUUGGAUUUUGGUUUCGAAUUUCCAUUCAGAUUUUCAUGGUUUAUAGUAUAUUUAUUUUGAUCUUAUCGAUACGUUUGUCGUUUUGGUUUUGAGUAUAGUUGUGAAGCAUAUGGAUUCGUGCUGUGUGCUUUUCUUU